AUGCCAACAGCCAAAACACCUUGUCUCAAUUGCCGCGAAAAGCACCUAAAAUGCGACAAACAAAAGUCAACAUGCAAACGCUGCAAGACAAAAGGUCUACAGUGCACACACGCUCCCCGAAAGAUUAACUUCCGGCAUUGGUCGACGGAUAACUCUGCUGCGAGCUUCUCGGGGGAUCAGACGUGGGUUAAUAGUAGACCCAAAGAUUGGAAGGCUCCGGUGAGAGUAGAGUCGUCGUCAUCAUCAUCAUCAUCAGGGUUGGAGAGAUCUGCAGUUCUGGGUUGGACGGAUGGACAAUCCUCUUGUCAGGGGGUGUCUGGAACUUCAGGGAGUGUAACCAGUUUGGGAUGUGUCGAUCCGUUGCUCGUACCUGCGGGGGAAGAUGAUCAUUCCUGGGCUGGGGGUGUUGAUCAAGCACUUCAUAUUCGCGAUGAGAGCUCAGGGUUGCAGGAAUUAAAUUCGACCAAUGUAUCACCGGGAGAUUUGUCGAGUUUGUCUUUCUCUUUUUCGCCCGGGACGAGUGGUCAAGAUGUUCACUUUCCCCCACCUGUUGGGUUUGAUGCUGGUCAGAAGAACAACUCUGAACAUGAAAUAGUUGAAUUUCCAUCAUCCUUCGAGGAGGAAUCAUAUUUUCCGGCUCAUGCCAGCAUCCAAGAAUCAUGCCUUCUGCGAUAUUUCAUCGAAGAACUAUCUCCACUAUUCGACCACUGCGACGAAAGAAGGCAUUUCCAACUAGUAGUCCCCUUCCGAGCGCAGCACUGUCCAACGCUCCGCAAUGCACUCUUCGCAGUAUCAUCCCGCCAUCUCGUCCGACGGCCACAGUACAUGACACCACAGGGUGUGCUAUACCAUGCCCAGCUACUUCCCAAUCUAAAGAGCUCUACUGCAGUAGAAUACAUGCUACAAUGUAUCCCUGGCCUUGUGCGAUUCCCUGAGAUUCAGGGCUUAGUGGAACAAGAGAAUAUCAUGGCGGCUGCGGUUAUCCUUCGGCAGUAUGAGGAGAUAGAAGAAGACAUGGGAGACGAUGAUGAGGCAGGAUUGGAUCUUCGUGAGCAGGUUAACUUUCUGGCUAUCACGCAGACUAUUAUCGAUUCGAUGAUAUCUUCUCCACUACAUCAAUCUCUUGCGACGGCGGCUUAUUGGAUUGCCAUUCGGCAGGAGGUAUAUUGUGCUUUGACGAGGGAACGGAAAUUGAGCAUGCGUUUUGGUGUGGAAGAUUGGCAGAAUGCCUCUGUUGCGAAUACCUUGAUUAUGCUUGUUGGUGAAGUUGCUAAGUGGUGCUGGGGGGAGAAGUCUCCUGAGGAAUGGGAAAAACUCAACAAACACCAACAACAACUCAUGCAAACCUACAAAACCCACCUCGUCCCAAUCCUCUCCCGAAAAGCAGACAAAUCAAAAGGUGAAAUCUUCCCUACGGUCUGGUACACCUCCGACGCCCAAGUAACCGCAACCCAACACCUAGAACUAGCCAGAAUGAUUCUCAUCGCUGAAAGCCCACACCUCACGGACGCACCCCGCUCCCUCCACCGCAAAGCUGAGUCCCAAGUCCGCUCCAUCGUCCUUAACGUGUGCGGCAUCGCGUUAAGUCAUCUGCGCUGCCAGCCGGCGCUUGUGAAUGCUGUAAUUGCUAUUACGCUUUACGGGGAGUAUUUCACGGAGCAGGAGGAGAGGGAGGCGCUUGUGGGGAUUGUUGGGCGGACGAGGGGGUUGCGGGCUUGGCCUAUGGAGAAGCCGUUUUUGACGCUGAAGAGGAGGUGGGAGGUAGCGGAUUGUGGGGCUUUAUGAUGGUUACUUUGUGGGUAUCUCUAGCAAUUGCCGGGAUGAUGUAUUGAAUGAAAUUGAUUUUGAUUUUGUUAUAUAGGUUCAUUUCUAUUAUAUUCUAUUAUAUACAAG